UAAUAGUAAAUAACCCCUCCCCAAUCCCUCCCAUUUUAAACAUCCACCCAAUCUUCAUCUCUCUCAUUCCUUCUACUCAUUCACUCACAACUCAACAUGUCAAUAGCAUCCAGAGCUUCGUUUUCCGACGAUUCACGAAAGCUCAAACACAUACUCCCGAAAUCAUUGUUGCUCAGAGAUUACUUGCUAGACGAUAUGAGCUCGUGUUCUUCAAACGGCUUCAGAUCAUACCCUCGCCGCCAAUGUUGCACCACCGUUCGGUUCCUCAUAGAAACCGAUCUUAACAAAAACCAUAAAAUGUUUUCAAAACCGCACCGGACAUCCAACAUCAAACCUCCUAAACAAUCCUCCAUCCUGCAAAAAGCGUCCGAGGUUAUGAUCAAAGCUUUCAAGCGUUUGCCUUUCGUUGACGCCAGAGUGUCAACCAAGGCAAAGCUUUUGCCGAGGAGUUUAUCUCGGAAGCUACUGAAACGAGGGUUCUGGAACAAAACGGAUCAGCCCAAUAACAAGACCAAACGGUUAACGACGUUCGCCGAUUUGAUUAAACAGGAUGAUGUUGUUACUCCGUUACCAUUACCGUCACCGUUACGGUUGUCAACCGCUGUGACGGUGGAGAUUAGGAGCUUAACGAGUAACAAUGACAGCUGGUCCGCUACAACUGAAAGCUUAACUACUACAGUUAAUAGUUCAGAGGUUAAUUUAGCUCAAAACGACGUCGCAGAUGAAUUACACGAGAAGAUGAAGAGGACAGACGGAAACAGAGUAGGUGUAACCACCGUAACCGCCACCGUUAACAACUAUUCUGAUGCCACUGAAAAUGCAAAGAAGUGGCAAGACAACCAAGAUGAGCAAUUUAGUCCGGUUUCUGUGAUGGAUUUUCCAAGCGACAGUGAUGUUGACGAGGAAGAUGAAGUUUCUUCGACGUCCCCACACAAACAUCUCAAUGUCAAAGGAGCAAAAAUAUCCACACACAAGACUCGAAUAUCUGAUAGGGUUCCUCAACUCGAGCCAGUCAAACUAGAGGACCGAAUAGCCCAGUCAGUUCUUGAAUCUUCAACUACAACAUUCCAUGACGUUGUCCAAGAAGAGAACCAAGUCGAAAAGAAAGCAACGGCGUUACUUCAUCUAUUGAAAUCAACGGUUUCUUCUCAUCAUUUGUUGAAGUAUGAAGCCGUGGAGUGCCUUUUAUUAGAGUUUUUAAAAGAAAGCACGCUAGAAGAAAAUGUGUCGGAUUAUGAAGUGUUACAAAGAGCAAAAGAUUGGAUGGAUGGACAAGAAGAACAAGAUAUAUUUAUAGAUUGGGAGUGUGAAAACAAUAGGAAAACAUACCUAAGAGAAAUGGAGAAGGGGGUGAAAUGGUCAAACUAUGAUCAUCAAGUGGAGAAAGUCAACGUUGGUUUGGAAGUGGAGUGUGAGAUAUUUAAUUCAUUGGUCAACGAUGUGUUGACAGAUUUUCAUUUGCAAGAAUUUGAUCAUGAGGAUUGAAACUUUUAGAUAAGAAAGUUUUAUUGGUAGAAUCGUAGUGCGAAAAUUGAGAAGUGAGACCAAUAGAGAAAGUAAGAAAACAAGAUGUUGUGAAACUGGGCUUAGGCCCAUAUUUUGAGAAAUGGGUUUCUAAACUAUGUAAUUGGGCCUGCCUUCUUAUAGAAGUUCAAUUUGUGUUUCCAAAUGCCGACAAACUUUAGCCCAUUGUCCAUAGCUUUCUUGUUCAUGCAGCUUACUUGUUUUGCUUCU